GGCGCACACACCUGCGAUAGAAGAUACUCGAAAUCGUUCCUCCUCCUUGAUCACAAGCCUUGUGUCAGAUGGCGGGAAUCCGAUUGCCACCGGAAGAAUCGGAGACGACUCCUCAGCAACAGACUCGAGCGGCUGCGCCGACGCCAGUGGAGAGUUUGGCGUCUGACGACGACCGGUCUGUUGCGGCGGACUCGUGGUCGAUCAAGAGCGAGUACGGGAGCACUCUAGACGAUGAACAGCGUCACGCCGACGCUGCAGAGGCCCUCUCCUCCGGAAACCUUCGAGAUCCCUCCGACUACUGUUCCGACAAGGAAGAGCCAGAUGCUGAUGGAGUACAGUCAAUGCUUGGUCUUCAAAGCUAUUGGGACGCUGCAUACGCCGAUGAGUUGACAAAUUUCAGGGAGCAUGGUCAUGCCGGUUAAGUCUGGUAGUCCUUUCGUGAACAUGUUUAUCGUUCUUUUCAAUUAUUGUUCGUUUAAGAUGGAAAAGUGGAUGGAUUUUUACUAGAUUUAUGCUGUUUUAGAUUGUAAAUAUUUGUUAAAGAACCUUGCGUUCGAAGGAAACUCCUCGUUCUCAUGGCUCA